AUGGAGGUAGAAGAAAUUUUUGGACAUGAAAGUUAUGAUGCAGUUGUUAUGGGUUCUGGUUAUGGCGGUUCUGUGGCUGCUUGCCGGCUGGCUAUGGCAGGAGGAAGGAUGUGUCUCCUUGAGAAAGGCCGGAAAUGGGAAGCUAAGGACUUCCCAACUGACAGCUUCAAAAUCUUAUCGACUGUGAGGAUUGAGAACCAGAACCUAAGUGUUAGCUAUGGACCAAAACAUGCUUUGUUUCAGAUGUACGAGCAAAUUGAUUCUCUAGCAGCAGUGGCUUGUGGUCUUGGUGGAGGUUCACUAGUGAAUGCAGGAGUUAUGAUGCCAACACCAGUUCGUGUUAGACGAAAUCCAAAAUGGCCAAAGGAAUGGGAAAGGAAUUGGGGUAGUUGUGAAGCUUCUGCAGCAGACAUGCUGAGAAUACAAAGUAUUCCAGUCAAGUUUCCUUCUGCAAAAUUUUUGGAAGAAGCUGCUGAUGGUAAAACUUUUGACACUUCAAUAAAGCUUAGUGUAAAUUUUGACAUUGAAGAACCAAUAAUGAAUGGAACAAAGCGUCCACAGAUGGGUAGCUGCUUAGCCUGUGGGAACUGUCUUUCUGGAUGUCCUUAUAACGCCAAAAGUUCGACUGACAAAAAUUCUCUAGUCUCAGCAAUCCAGGCAUGUCUCGAGUCUUUUUGCUGCCAUUAUGAGUCCACAGAGGCUACCAAUGAAAAUGAUAUUGUUAUUGUAUCGGUCCAACAUGCCGGCCCUGACCAGUUCCUCGAUGACGUACUUCAACAUAUAGCAGAUAUCCGUGUCAUGUCAUGA